AUGUCGAGCGCAACUGAUGAGAACGACGAAGAUGUACGUUACCAGUCAACGUCACAUUCCACGAAAUUCUGUACACCUUUGGAUUUUGGCAAUCAGCAAGAGGAAUCUUUAGCUGCAAUUACGCGGGUGCUGAGCAACUCUGCUCAACGACAUUCGCUGUCGAAUCGCACAUCCAGACGACCUCAGUUGUGUUCAGAAAAUACGUGA